ACCCCGUCCACCUGAUGUACAAGGCAGCACAGUCCGCCCAGCAUUGCUGGGGAGAGGGGAGCCCACAAUGAGAAGCUCACCUGGUCUCCUCCACACCUGACCUGUGAGUAGACCUCCCUAGGGAGGAGAAGACCCAGCGCAGCCCAUGUACGCUCAGCUGCUGGACUGCACACGAGUUGGCUUUGUGUUAGCUCCGUGUUAGUCGUCUGCAGCUGGCCACGUCUUCACAUCACCGUCCUGUUCCUGGAGCGCACCUGUCUGCUUCUCUUUCUGCUAAACGAUCACCUCACCGGACCUAUCCAGCCUCCCCCUAGAAAAGCUCCACUUGUUUUGUUAGCUCUCGGAUGGAAGAAGAGGGAAAGUUGUCCAGGCUCCGCGCCCUCUUCCUCUCCUUUGAUGCCAAGCGCUCUGGCCGCCUGGGAAGGGGGGACUUCUCCGACCUGUGUGCGGAGCUGAAGGUGAGCCCCGCGGAGGUGGAGAACAUCUUCAGGCGCCUGGACACGGACAGAGACGGAGCGAUCACCUUUGAGGAUUUUGUCAUGGGCUUCAGAGGAGCUAAGGGGCUUCAUGUGGAUGAUGGAAGCCGGGACCCUGCUACUUCCCAAAAGGUUACCCCAAGAAGUGCAAGUGAGGAGCACCAUGAGGAUGAGAACUUUAGUCCUGCAUGGAAGGACUUCCAGCUGCGCAUGGGUGAGGAGUCCAACUACAUUCCUAGAAAAGAACAAGCAAGUAUACUGUACCAGAACAUCACCAUAGUGGAACCAUUAUUAAUCCAGCAGUAUGAACAUGUCAUCAGAAAUUUUGUCCGGGAGAUCAGACUCCAGAGCACAGAAAUGGAGAACCUCGCUAUUGCAGUGAAAAGAGCACAGGACAAAGCAGCAAUGCAGUUAAGUGAGCUAGAAGAAGAAAUGGAUCACCGGAUACAGGCUGUUGAGAACAAAAUAAAAAAAGAGGAGAAGAGAAAAGCAGAGGAAGCCCUCAACGACUUGAAGCGACAACAUGAAUCAGAAGUUGCCGAGCUCCAGGUGACAAUCAAGAAACUGAAAAAGCUGGAAGAACAAUCCAAGAGCAUAAACUUAAAAGAAGAUGUGGCUGCUUUAAAAAAGCGAUUGCAUGAGUUGACCCUGGAAAAUCAGAAACUUAAGAAGGAGCUUCUGGAAGCCCAGACCAGCAUCUCUUUCCUUCAGAGUGAACUUGAUGCUAUGAAAAGUGAUUAUGCUGACCAGAGUUUAAAUACUGAAAGAGAUAUGGAAAUAAUCAGGGAAUAUACAGAUGAACGAGAAAAUUUGGCACAGCAGAUUGAGAUUCUUCAAACAGCUAAUAGAAAGUUGCAUGACAGUAAUGAUGGACUGCGGAGUGUGCUGGAGAACAGUUUGAUCAAGUACAACAGAUCACUGCGUGCAAACACUUCACCAGGAAGUACCAUUUCCAGGAACAGUCCCAAGUUAAACAGAUCUAAUUCUCCAUAUGACCGGUCUCCAUCCUACUUAGAUGAGGACUAUGAUUCUUUAGCAGUGUGUGAUCCUAUGCAGAGGAUGAACUGUGAGGUUGACAGCCUUCCUGAGAGCUGUAUAGACAGUGGUCUAUCCACUCUGAGAGACUCCAAUGAGUAUGAUUCCGAAGUCGAGUACCGGACACCAAGGAACUUCUACAGGUCAAGGUUUCAACCUGAGAGUUAUGGUGGGGAUGCUUCAGAUACAGAUGUCCCAGAAAUCCGCGAUGAGGAGUCAUAUGCCCCAGAAUCUGCUGGGUCAUUCCUUGACUGGAAACCUUCAAGACCUGUCAGCAGGAGCAGUUCAGGAGCGUCAUCAAGAAAGUGCAUCUCAGCACUCCCUGCACAUGCAACACGAGUAGAUGCAGAGGAUCGAAUGAGCAAGUUUCCAAGCACAGACAAAGCAUACAAGAUAGUCCUUGCUGGAGACGCUGCUGUUGGAAAGUCUAGUUUUCUCAUGAGACUUUGUAAAAAUGAAUUUCGAGGCAACACAAGUGCUACUUUGGGAGUGGAUUUUCAAAUGAAGACCCUCGUAGUAGAUGGAGAACCAACAUUACUGCAGCUUUGGGAUACAGCAGGUCAGGAAAGAUUUAGGAGCAUUGCAAAGUCUUAUUUCAGAAGGGCCGAUGGAGUCCUCCUUCUGUAUGAUGUGACUUGUGAGAAGAGCUUUUUGAAUGUGAGAGAAUGGAUAGAUAUGAUUGAGGAUGCAACAAACGACAGCAUACCUAUGAUAAUGGUAGGGAAUAAAGCCGAUCUCCGACAGGCAAUGUCAGAACAAGGACAUAAAUGUGUACCAACCAGUUAUGGAGAAAAAUUAUCCAUGACCUAUGGUGCUUUAUUCUGUGAAACUAGUGCCAAAGAGGGCUCAAACAUCGUAGAGGCUGUUCUUCAUCUUGCACGGGAAGUGAGAAAAAGAUGCGACAACGAAGAUGACAGAGGAUCUGUAACUAAUCUUUCAGGGGCCAUCACCAAAAAACCAACACAAAUGAAAAACUGCUGUAAUGUUUAAAAAACUGGCACACAAACCAUCCAGGAUUUUUUGUUUUAUAAGUUGUAUUUCCAAUUAAUAUGAAGGAAUUUUGUAUAGGUUUUAUUUUUGUUGCAUGUAUGUUUUUUCUUUAAAUUACAUUGGGGUUCAUGAAUAAAACCAAGAGGAAAGAAAAGAGUAGGGUUUACCAUGUAAAGCAUUCAGAUUUGAAUGUGCUCUGUUAAUACCCUGUUUGGUUACUCAGGGCAAAAUGGAUACUUAUCUUUCCUGUCAGUGUUAUUCAUCCACUCUGUUGUUAGCUCUUGCUUUGUGCAUUGUUAUUUAUCAUGAAAAACAUAUGUAAAUUGAAAGAAAUGUAAGCAUUUGUAUAUGAGUUGGAACUAUAACCUGCUUUGUUUCUGUUGUGGUACAUUCUGAAUGAAAUGCCCAACUGUGAAAAUGAAUAGCUUUAUAAUAGAGCAGACACCUACGGUAUAUGGUCCACUUUCCAUGUGCCAAUGAGCAGACCGGCGGACUGGUUACACAGGUAACAAUUAGCCCCAUUCACACUUUAGCAUUUUUCUCCUAUUGAAGUGCUCUAUUCUCCCAGAAAACAAACCCUUGUAGCUUCAUAAACAUGCAAAAACACAAAAAAACAUGUAAUAUAUCUGUACAAUGCCUAAAAAUGCUUAAAAAUCACCAGGAACACACUCUCUGCUCAGUUGUGAAAGCAGGGGGAAUGUCUAUUAUCCCAUAUACUGUAAAGAGGCAGACAGCACUUUAGGGGAAAUGGCUUUCUAAGACCGAAUGGUAAAGUUAAAGCUUGUGCUGGUUGCUCCUGGUAAAGCUAUCUGUUUACAUGGUUGGGAUUUACCACAAGUUUGUUUUUCAACCAUUUGUAAAUAUCUCUCUAUCUGUGUCUCAGUUAUGCAACUGCUCUUAUACAUAAUUUAUUAAAAAUGUUUAUCCACCACC